GGAAGUGCAUUUCGCUUAUUUCAACUCAGACAACAGGAAGCGGCGGCUGGGCUCAGACCAUGGAACUAGCAUUUCCGCCGGACUCUCCUCCGCUCCACGCCAUCGCCGCCGCAAAAAUUGGCGGCACUUCUUUGGUUCCUUUCUCCACUCUGCCUUCCGGAUCUCUGCCGAGUCUUCUCGUAGCCAACGGGCAGAGUCUGCAUGGAGCAGAUGUUAUUCUGAGGUAUAUUGGUAGGAUUUCAAAUCUGCCUAAUUUCUACGGCGAGGAUGCAUAUCAAUCAAGCAAGAUUGAUGAAUGGCUUGAUUAUGCACAUGUCUUUGGGUCUGGAUCAGAGUUUGAGGGAGCAUGCAGCUAUGUGGAUGAAUAUUUACUUAAAAAUACUUGUCUGGUCGGAAAUACCGUGUCAAUUGCUGAUGUUGCAAUCUGGGUUUGCCUUGCUGCUGCUGGUCUGAGAUGGGAAAGCUUAAGGAAGUCAAAAAAGUACCCGAAUCUGGUUCGAUGGUUCAACUCGAUAUCUAAUGAAUAUGAUGCUGUGCUCUCUGAAUUUUCUGCAACAUAUCUUGGGAAAAAAGGCUCCUCAAAGGCAGCAAUGUCCAAAUCAAAAGAACCACAGGGUUCUAAUGCUCGAUCAACUCCAGUGGAAAAUGGUGUCCAUGCUAAUGAAACAACUGGUAGCAAGCCAUUUGAGGUAGAUCUCCCACAUGCUGAGGUAGGAAAAGUGAAGUUGCGAUUUGCACCAGAACCCAGUGGUUAUCUGCAUAUUGGUCAUUCAAAGGCUGCAUUAUUAAAUCAGUACUUUGCUGAUCGGUACAAAGGUGAAGUGAUUGUAAGAUUUGAUGACACUAAUCCGGACAAGGAAAGUAGUGAGUUUGUUGACAACCUCCUGAAAGAUAUUGAAACUCUGGGGAUUAAAUAUAGUACUGUAACUUACACAUCCGACUACUUCCCCCAGACUAUGGAAAUGGCUGAGAAAUUAAUCCGUGAAGGUAAAGCAUAUGUUGAUGAUACUCCACGGGAAAAAAUGCAGCAUGAAAGGAUGGCAGGCAUUGAGUCCAGGUGCAGGAAUAAUAGUGUUGAUGAAAAUCUCAACUUGUGGAAGGAUAUGAUUGCUGGAUCUGAGAGGGGAUUGAUGUGUUGUCUUCGGGGAAAAUUGGACAUGCAGGACCCUAAUAAGUCUCUUCGAGAUCCUGUGUAUUACCGCUGCAAUUUGACACCUCACCAUAGAAUUGAAGCAAAAUAUAAAGUGUACCCAACAUACGACUUCUGCUGUCCCUUUGUUGAUUCUGUGGAAGGUAUUACACAUGCACUUAGAUCAAGUGAGUACCAUGACCGUAAUGACCAAUAUUACAGAAUUCAGAGUGAUAUGGGAUUAAGAAGGGUCCAUAUAUACGAAUUCAGUCGUCUGAAUAUGGUUUAUACACUUCUUAGUAAGCGAAAACUGCUAUGGUUUGUUCAAAAUGGAAAGGUUGAAAGUUGGGAUGAUCCUCGAUUUCCUACUGUCCAAGGAAUUGUGCGCAGGGGUCUGAAGGUUGAGGCUUUGGUACAGUUCAUUUUGGAACAAGGUGCAUCGAAGAACCUCAAUCUUAUGGAAUGGGACAAGCUGUGGGCCAUCAACAAAAAAAUAAUUGAUCCUGUGUGUCCCAGGUACACUGCAGUCAUUGAACAACGCCGAGUGCUACUAGUUCUGACUGAUGGCCCGAAAGAUCCUUUCGUGAGGAUCUUGCCAAAACACAAGAAGUAUGAAGGCGCUGGAGAGAAAGCUGUGACAUAUUCAAAUAGGUUAUGGAUAGAUUUUGCUGAUGCUGAAUCAAUCUCAGUUAAUGAGGAAGUAACUUUAAAGGAUUGGGGCAAUGCAAUUGUUAAGGAAAUCAAGAAGGACGAAAGUGGUAUUAUCACCCAGCUAGUUGGAGUUUUGCAUCUUGAAGGAAAUGUCAAGAAGACCAAGUUGAAGCUCACUUGGUUGUCUGAUACCAGUGAGCUUCUCAGACUGACCCUUGUGGACUUUGAUUAUCUUAUUACAAAGAAGAAGCUUGAGGAAGAUGAAGAUUUCAUCAAUGUGGUCAAUCAUCAUACAAGAGAGGAGACCUUAGCACUUGGGGAGUCUGAUAUGCGAAAUUUGAAUCGUGGAGACAUUAUCCAGCUUGAGAGAAAAGGUUACUACAGAUGUGAUGUUCCUUUCAUUCGACCUUCUAAGCCAAUAGUGCUUUUCUCAAUCCCAGAUGGAAAGCAGCAAACUGUAGCAAAGUAAGCAUAAUCCUUAUUAAAUUAAGGUUGAACAGAAUGAAAGCUCAAAGCUUGCCAUUACAAAAAGCACUUGAAUUUUGAACCAAAAUUACUUUGCUGAAUAUCUGUGUUAACUGCUAAAUGUUUUCAUGCACUUAAUCUCUUAUCCUUCUUAUCUAUGCGAAUGGUGCUUCUGUAA